AAGGAUGGUGAUAUAAUGGUGACUGUAGACUAACAUCUAACUAGGUCGAACGAGGAGCGUACAAUUUGGAGAUGAUUAAGUCCCUUAAAAAAAUAGGCAACAUUAAAGUGUAUGGUUCCAGCCCGAACACGGAUUUUGACUCCAGCUGUGAGUACUUUGCACGGACUGCUUUCACGUCACCCCGCCCGUCUGCCCGUCUCCUCCCUGCAAUCUUAUUGCGACCAUCUCUUUUGAGCGCAUCUGAACUGGAGAGAGAGAGAUACUAAAUAGAUUCAGGCACCAACAUUUACCUACCUGCUCGAGCGAAAUACGGGGAGGACGCUGAAGUACGCGCGCGUCCACGCGCACUCGCUGAGUAGCAAGACAAUAUAAGGCAAUAAAUAAAAACCAAAAUUGGAAUUUGAGUUUUCAACACGAAGGCUAUUCCUUUAAAAUAAAAAUAUAAGAAUACAGCUUUACUGAAAAAAGCAACAGCCAUGCAUCUGAACAGAGAAGAAGGGAACAGCAAAGGGUCUUUAUCUAUCAGUGUGUUUCUGGUAUCUCUGGGGCUGACGGUGUGUGUCGUGUGGCUCGUAGCUCUGUGUGGAGUCUGCACCUGGUGUCAACGCAAACUGGAGAAGAGGAACAAGCCUGGGGUGGAGGCAGCCAGCACCCCAGAUUCAGUUCAGAUUCGUGGCCGAGGGGAUAACAAAGCCAUCAAUGAUCUAGACAGGGACUUUUGGAAUAACAAUGACAGCAGCAACGUGCAGCAGAGAUGGAGCUCCUACCCGCCCAAGGAGUUCCUCUUAAACAUGUCCCCCUAUGCCCCGUAUGGAGACCCUCGCCUCACGCCCAAUUUUGGGGACCCCUCCCUCUCGGCCGCCUCUACUCUGGAGCACAUUCCAUCCUCAGCAGCAGCCCGUCCUCGUCCCCUGGUGCGACAGCAGAGUCUCCAGCAGCCUCUCACCCACCAGCCCCCUCCGGGCCCCAAUGACCCCCCAGCCACCUCCCAGAGCCUGGGCCAGCUGCACACAGGGCUCGGGGGCGGGGGGCACCGGGGAGGCCCGCGGGGGGUGCGGGGGAGUCCGGCGGGGACAGGUGCUUCCCGGUACAGAGGAGCAGGAGGAGGACGAUCCAGGUCCAACCCAGGCAGCUGGGACCACAUGAUGGGGCAGAUCCGCAACAGAGGACUGGAUGUCAAGUCUUUCCUCGAGGGGAAGAUGGUUGUUCUGUCUCUAGCCAUCGGGCUGGCUGAACAAGAUGACUUCGCCAACCUCCCAGAUCUACAGGAAGCACCAGCGUGCCAAGAAAACUCAACUCCACUGGACAAAUCAAGCAGGAGCCUGUGUAAACCUGGAAGCCAGACCCCAGAUGAGGCAGGCCGCCUCGGGAACUCCUCCGUCACAGACUUGGCCAACUCUGUCACCACCAGCGACAUUCACAUGCUCUCUCCAGGCUCAGAAGAGGACACAGAAGGGCCUGUGGUUGAGAAGCUGGGCCGGAUUCAGUUCAGUGUGGGCUACAGCUUCCAGGACUCCACCCUGACCGUCAAGAUCCUCACGGGCCAAGAGCUCCCCGCCAAGGACUUCUCUGGCACCUCAGACCCCUUCGUCAAACUCUACCUGCUGCCUGACAAGAAGCACAAGCUGGAGACCAAGGUCAAGAGGAAGAACCUCAACCCUCGCUGGAACGAGACCUUCCUGUUUGAAGGGUUCCCCUAUGAGAAGGUGAUCCAGAGGACCCUCUAUAUGCAGGUGCUGGACUACGAUCGUUUCAGCAGGAACGACCCCAUCGGGGAGGUGUCCAUUCCCCUUAACAAGGUGGACCUGGGCAACCAGCAGACCUACUGGAAGGAGCUGAAGCCCUGCAGCGACGGCAGCGGGAGUCGAGGAGACCUGCUGGUGUCACUGUGCUACAACCCUCAAGCCAACACCAUCACUGUGACCAUCAUCAAAGCCCGCAACCUCAAAGCCAUGGACAUUGGAGGCACCUCCGAUCCCUAUGUGAAGCUGUGGCUGAUGCACAAGGACAAGCGUGUGGAGAAGAAGAAGACGGUGACAAUGAAGUGCUGUCUGAACCCCGUGUUCAACGAGUCCUUCCCCUUCGACGUCCCCGCCCACGUGCUCCGAGAGACCACCAUCAUCAUCACCGUCAUGGACAAGGACAAGCUCAGUCGCAACGACGUCAUCGGCAAGAUCUAUCUCUCAUGGAAGAGUGGUCCGGCGGAGGUGAAGCACUGGAAGGACAUGAUGGGUAAACCUCGUAAUGCCGUGCAGCAGUGGCAUGCCCUCAAGGCCUGAUACUGUAGGUCCAGUCACAUCCACCCAGACCACCCCAGCCCCCUGCCCUGCCCUCCCACCCUGUCGUUAUGCACAAGGCUGACUCGCUGCAGAACAUGGGUACAAAUAGCCAUCCAACGCAUCCACCCUCUCCUCCUGCCUGUCCUCUCUCAGAUCCCUAAUGAACUUCUCCUUCCUCUACUCCCCUCUGUUAAGCUGAGUCUUGUUGCUUUUAAGUUCUCUCAACCGUUGUUUUUUUACUCUGUUUUACUCUGGAGCAGCACACUCUGCCAGCCCUAGGGUGAGCCCCAGGAAUCCAGUUCCACCAUUCAUCCUGUGUCUCUCCAUCGUUCUCCUGUGGCAGUGAGGGGAGGCUUCUUCUCUCCCUAAUCACUGCUCUCUCUGUCGUCAGAAGCAAUCUGGUUGGCUGUUCAUUAUUGUUUUUUGCUUCCUCACGUUGACCCUUUGGUCCGAUCUCUUCUGCAAACACACAGAGAAUAUAACAGGAAGGAUCGAUAGAGAGAGAGAGGCAAACCAAUGGAAUAGAAGAGGGCUGGACUGUCUGGAUGAUAAUGGAAUUAGACGUGACACUGUCACUCCACCCCGUUCAUCAUCUCUGAUCUCUUUCUCUCCCACCACUGUAGUGAUUCUUCCCCGGCUGGACCCCCUUGUUGUCUGUGCGUGCUGUGGGUGAUGUGCUGUAACUCCAAAUGAAGUUCUAGAUGAAAAAAGGGGAAAAUGACUGAUCAUUUACACUGGUCCAUGGGGGAAAUGUAAAAAGACGUUCCUAUUUUCUGGAGAGAAAAAAAAGAAUAAUGACAGAAAAAGAGUAAAGUCAUCAAUGUUGUGUUUUGUUUUUAAAAAGCCUAAAGAGACCAAUCAAAAUGUUCUUCCAGAGACAGUAAAUAGAAGCAAAAAGACAGCUAUUAUUCUGUCGUAUUCUCUGUGUGUGUGUGUGUGUGUGUGUGUGUGUGUGUGUGUGCGUGCGUGCGUGCGUGCGUGCGUGCGUGUGUGUGUGUGUGUGUGCGCGUCAGUGAAAGUUAGAGCGAGAAUGCGAGUGCAAGUGUGUGAAAGAUUUGGGCUUGCACUGCUAUCAAAUGAAUAACAACAAUAUUACUGAUAAUAAUGAUGACAAUAAUAAUCAUCAGUAUUCUACUGGAUAUGUUUGAAGACUUGGAGAGGUCACAGCAGCUAACCAGUGACAGAGAGAGAGGGGUACAGUCUGUCGGGUAGUGCCUGCUACCUGGUGUGGAACAGUAAGCAGAGGAGGAACUUGACAUGAACCACCAGUCUUCAUCUGAGCUGCUUUCUCUCAAUUGCAUCAUCCACUGCAGAUAACCAUAAAUAAAUGCCCCUCUCCCAACCAAGUCAGUUUAGUUUAUAAUGGAGCACUAAGCCAAAUGAUCUUGUCCCCAUCAAGGUUUAUAACAUUACCUGUUUGUCUCUGUCAGUAAUUUUCUGUAAUUCUGCCUGUCUAUUGGAAUGUGUGUCUGUUACGUCAGUUAGUCUGUUCCAUUACUGGCCAGACCCCUCUGCUCUUUCUUGCUCCUGAUGUUAGAUAGUUAGGGUGUUCGUGGGUCUUCAGGACCAGGCUGUUCCAUUACUGGCCAGACCCCCUCUGCUCUGUUCUGCUCCUGAUGUUAGAUUGUUAGGGUGUUCGUGGGUCUUCAGGACCAGGCUGUUCCAUUACUGGCCAGACCCCCUCUGCUCUGUCCUGCUCCUGAUGUUAGAUAGUUGGGGUGUUCGUGGGUCUUCAGGACCACGGCUGUUCCAUUACUGGCCAGACCCCCUCUGCUCUGUCCUGCUCCUGAUGUUAGAUAGUUAGGGUGUUUGUGGGUCUUCAGGACCAGGCUGUUCCAUUACUGGCCAGACCCCCUCUGCUCUGGUCUGCUCCUGAUGUUAGUUAGGGUGUUAGUCGGUCUUCAGGACCACGGCUGUUCCAUUACUGGCCAGACCCCUGUGCUCUGUUCUGCUCCUGAUGUUAGUUAGGGUGUUAGUCGGUCUUCAAGACCACGGCUGUUCCAUUACUGGCCAGACCCCUGUGCUCUGUUCUGCUCCUGAUGUUAGUUAGGGUGUUAGUCGGUCUUCAGGACCACGGCUGUUCCAUUACUGGCCAAACCCCCUCUGCUCUGUCCUGCUCCAGAUGUUAGAUAGUUAGGGUGUUUGUGGGUCUUCAGGACCAGGCUGUUCCAUUACUGGCCAGACCCCCUCUGCUCUGUCCUGCUCCAGAUGUUAGAUAGUUAGGGUGUUUGUGGGUCUUCAGGACCAGGCUGUUCCAUUACUGGCCAGACCCCCUCUGCUCUGUCCUGCUCCAGAUGUUAGAUAGUUAGGGUGUUUGUGGGUCUUCAGGACCAGGCUGUUCCAUUACUGGCCAGACCCCAGCUGCUCUGUGCUGCUCCUGAUGUCAUCCUGGUGUGACCUGUUCCAAGCUUAAGUCUCUCUCUCAUCACACAAUGGGCUGAAGGAUAACUACAAGAGUAAUAAUAUCAACUAAACCUAUUUUCUGUUUACAUUUGACUGUUUAUUUGUGUCUACUGAAUGUGUGUGUGCGUGUGUGUUUGCAAUGUGUGUAUGAGUGUGUCAACAUCUGACUGUUAGUUUGUGUGUUUGUAUUUACGGUGUAUGUAUGUGUGCUCGGUGUUGCCAUUUUUAUUUUCUUAAUAUCGAAUCUGUUUUUUUGGCUGUUUUUAUUCUGUAUAAAGUAAUUUAGAUGUUCAGUUAAUUAUUUAUGUUGUCGCUGAUCGCUAAGAAGAAGACGCUAAUGAUUACUGGGAUGUUGGAACGUGACAAAGGGCAUGUGUCUACUUUCUAUUUGUUGGGGUUUUAUGGGUUGGUUGGGGAGGGGGCCAUAGACAUUUGAGUGUCUUGAGUGAAGAGAGAAGGAAAGACAAGGGAGCGGGGAGCUCAAUACAUCUGACAAUACCACAUACAGCAUAUUCUAUUCUAGCCCUCUUCUGUUGGGUAGAGGGACUGUUCACUCAGGCCUGUGUGCAUCAGGGGCCUUGUGUUCUGGUUUAUCAUUUAAUAGGUGGCUUACAGAACCACGACACGCUGUCCCUCCGCUCUAGGUCUGGCCCAACACGCUGUCCAUCCGCUCUAGGACUGGCCCAACACGCUGUCCCUCCGCUCUAGGUCUGGCCCAACACGCUGUCCCUCCGCUCUAGUUCUGGCCCAACACGCUGUCCCUCCGCUCUAGUUCUGGCCCAACACGCUGUCCUUCCGCUCUAGGUCUGGCCCAACACGCUGUCCUUCCGCUCUUGCCCAACAAUGUGUCCCUCCGCUCUAGGUCUGGCCCAACACGCUGUCCCUCCGCUCUAGGUCUGGCCCAACACGCUGUCCCUCCGCUCUACGUCUGGCCCAACACGCUGUCCCUCCGCUCUAGGUCUGGCCCAACACGCUGUCCCUCCGCUCUAGGUCUGGCCCAACACGCUGUCCCUCCGCUCUAGGUUUGGCCCAACACGCUGUCCCUCUCCUCUAGGUCUGGCCCAACACGCUGUCCCUCCGCUCUAGAACUGGCCCAGCACGCUGUCCCUCCGCUCUAGGUCUGGCCCAACACACGGUCCCUCCGCUCUACGUCUGGCCCAACACACUGUCCCUCCGCUCUACGUCUGGCCCAACACGCUGUUCCUCCCCUCUAGGUCUGGCCCAACACGCUGUCCCUCUGCUCUAGGACUGGCCCAACACACUGUCCUUCCGCUCUACGUCUGGCCAAAUACGCUGUCCCUCCGCUCUAGGACUGGCCCAACACGCAGUCCCUCCGCUCUAGAACUGGCCCAGCACGCUGUCCCUCCGCUCUAGGUCUGGCCCAACACACUGUCCCUCCGCUCUACGUCUGGCCCAACACACUGUCCCUCCGCUCUACGUCUGGCCCAACACGCUGUCCCUCCCCUCUAGGUCUGGCCCAACACGCUGUCCCUCCCCUCUAGGUCUGGCCCAACACGCUGUCCCUCCGCUCUAGGUCUGGCCCAACACAUGGUCCCUCCGCUCUACGUCUGGCCCAACACACGGUCCCUCCGCUCUACGUCUGGCCCAACACGCUGUCCCUCCCCUCUAGGUCUGGCCCAACACGCUGUCCCUCCGCUCUACGUCUGGCCCAACACGCUGUCCCUCCGCUCUAGGUUUGGCCCAACACGCUGUCCCUCCCCUCUAGGUCUGGCCCAACACGCUGUCCCUCCCCUCUCUGUCUGGCUCAACACACUGAGACUAAGACAGGCGAGGUCUCCAUACGUCAGUGCUGACGUACUUCAAAACCCCACUGUGACACACAUGCUUUUUGGCAUAAGGUGCUCUUAAACAACACCCCUCCCCCUCUCCUCCAUAUGCUCUCACUCCCCAAGUGUCACAGAGAAAAGGUGAGACAGACAAUGAUCAUCACCUCAUUUGCAUCCCUGCCAUCUCUCCAGGCAGAGCAGAACAUAGCAAGGCACCUACCUGCUCCUAAAAUAACUGGGAGCAGUCACCUCCCUGCCUCAUACUGAGCACACACGCAAACGAUACAUCAUUAUGCAUCAAAUGCAGCAUUAAAUUGAAAAGAUCAGCCAGAAUAGGAAACACAGAUAAAAUGGCACAAUUCAGGUGAAAAUGAAUUAUUUGUCUGAAAAUAAAAUAGGAAGCCAGGUAUGGUCCAUUUGCCUCUGAGGCAUUGAGCUGGGAUUCUUAGUAGAGCCCAGUAACAAUUCAAAACACAGAUCUAAAUAAAUCUGAAAACUGAUCAGUGGUCACUCAGAUUGAAAUCACCCUAAAUGUCUGAUUAGGGCUCUCUACACAUAUAUUGGAGGAGAUACGAGGAGGAUUGUCCAAAAUAGGCCAGGAUUUUGUGACAUUGUAUAAAGGAUAAAUGAAAAUUGUGUAUGUAAAAACUCAUCAGUGUUAAUUGGGGAUGUUUAUCUGUAUGUCCUUGACAUCCCUUUGUCCCAUCUCUUGCUCUCUUCUGUUCUCUCUUUAGUCACACAUCUGUGGGGUGCACAAUCUUAUAUUUCAACCAUUUAAAAAAAAAUCUGUACAGUGUAUAAAUAUAUAAAUGUGUACAUAAAAAGAAGAAACUUCUAAAAUAGUUUUUGUUGUUUUUCUAAAGCUGAUUUACUGUGGUAUUUCAUAGUGACUUGUGGCUUUCUCUCCCUAUUUGAUUUCCAUCAGAGGAACUUAGUAAGGUUUCUAACUGUUCCCUCUGGCUAGUACUCGUUGAAACAGUAGUUCUGUUGCAGUAAAAACACUGUUGUGAAGAGUCAAGUCUGAACCUCGCCUUCAAAUCUGGCCUUCGACUUGAACAUCAAAUUCAGUUCAUAGAGGAAUGAUAUACUGUACAUACACUGCUUUUCUGUCAAACCAAGCUGCCUUGAUUCCUUGAAUUACUGUAGAUGUAGUUUACUUUCAUAUUUUCACAGCUAUGCAUUUCAGAAGUUGGUAGCUAAUCUAAUGAGUAGCAACAUGUUAGAGCUCAGUUUGGACUCAUACAGGAGUAUGUUUUGACUAUUUUUGACAGGCUA